AUGGUUGCCGAUAUCAGCGAUUCUGCAGCAGAGGCCGCAAGACUCGCGCUGGAGAUCGGUUCAACCAUCUCCGAUGCAGUGUCUUGCGCGGUGGACUUGGGUGAGGAGCUUCCUGUCAUCAAGCCGGUUUUUAAAACUCUCAAGGCCAUCCGCACGACGGUCGAGACGGUGAAAAACAAUCGGGAGGAGCUGGCUGCACUCGAACAGAGGUGCACCUACAUUACGGCAUGUUUUGUCGUGAAGUGCAGGCUAAUCGAAAGCGAGGUGGAUGUGGCUCCCCUCAAGGACUGCGUCGAGGCGGCGAAGAACUUUGCCGAGCGUUGUAGCCGGAGGGGCAAGGUGUCGAGAGUGAUAAAGGCCUUUAGCGACAAGAGUGAGAUUGCCGGUCUGAACUCAAGCGUCGACCGCCUGACGACCGACUUGGGACUGGCCGGGAUUGCGGUUCUUGAAGGGAAAGUGGACGACAUGAAGAAAACGCUGGAUCGCAUAGACCAAAGGCUGGAGAGUCUACCAAGGUCAUUCGGCAAGCUAGCCGCGGUGCCAAUGGGGGCGCCGGUACGCAAGAGCUGGCACGUGGAACGUCGGCACGCGAUGGCGACGGUGCUCGACGCGCUCAAUGGUAGUGACAGAGCGUGUGUGGUUGCAUUAGCGGGCUACAGCGGGUCCGGCAAGACCACCGUCGCGGCCGAGAUCGUUAGGAGUACGGAGGUGCGAGAGGCCUUCUCCGACGGUAUCGUGUGGUUGCCGGUGAACGAGGGAGCAAAGAAGCGCCUCCCGUCCUUGAUGCUGCAGCUGGCCCGCAUGGUUCAUGAAGAGAUUGGUGGUAGCGUAGGCCGUGUACCCAGCGCGUCUGAAGACAGUGCGACCUACAUCAAACAACGGCUCGAGGAAGGGCACAAGGGCAGAAGAUUGAAGUGCCUCGUAGUGGCGGACAACGUGUGGGAGGAGGACGUUGUCUCGAAACUCGUGGAAACGGGCAUGUGGGUCCUCCUGUCAACCCGUGAUGAGGCGGUCGUGAAGCGUUCACGAGGCAAGGCUGUGGUAGUUGACGAGCUGUCCCAGGCAGAUGCGGAGUCGGUGCUGAAGAGAGCGGCAGAACUUCCCCGCGAAUCCCGCUUGCCCGACGAUGCUGUUGACCUGAUCAAGUUGUGCGGCCGCGUGGCGAUGGACGUCGCGUUCGUGGGGCGAUGGAGUACAGUUCGCGGCAGGCAUGACCCAGCGUCUUGGUCGGAUGCGGCCAGCACGAUUCGCACUGAGAUGGAGAAGGUGGGACAUGAUCCCGACAACGAUAGCGCAGAAAACAUUCCAGCGAAAAGACGGAAAGCCAUUCUUCAGGGUGGGUUCGAGGAUCUUGCCAUUGGAUCGGACGACGAGCGUGUACAACGGUUGUACCUGUCGCUCGCGGUGAUGCCGGAUGGCCAUGCUUUCUCAUUGAAAGACGCCGCGGUGCUGCUUUACGAUCGGUCGCCCAGCACGGAGGACGAAGCAUCUGCAGGGGGCGUAGUAGACGUUUUAGAGCGAUGGUCGAUCAUCCGCUCGGCACAAGGGACGUACCGAAUGCAUGAUGCCCACACCGACUUUGCGAGGGAGUGUCUUCUGGACCGUGGGCAUGUGCGCCGGCCUGCUUUGAAGAGGUGGACGAGGUACCUUUCCUCGCUAGAUAUCCUCCGUUCCACUGACCGCUACGUUCUGAAGGGUCUAUGGCUGGCUAUAGAACGCUUGGGUGGAGAUGGCUGGGGCAAGACACGCCCAUAUGAAAAGGCGUUGGGCAUGAUGUUGGAAUCGGACGCCUUGCUCAGAACAACUGCGGAGGCUGUGGGAUGGUUUCAAGAAGCACAGGAGGAUUUGGAGGGAGCAUCCGCUUCGUGGCGCCGACUGCUCGAAGUCGAGAAAAGGGAGCUUGGGGCAGACCACCCGUUCGUGUUAAAUACGUACGGGAACCUAGCUAUAUGGGCAGAGCGAUUGGGAAAUAUCGAAGAGGCUGCGAAAUGGCAUGAGAAGGAGGUCGAGGGGCUCCCUCUGGCCUUGGCUAGAAUGAACGCGCUAGUCCGUUCUGGUCUGGAAGCGGAUCUAGAUGACGCGGACAGCCUUUCCUCUGUUGCAGCAACCGCUUUGGAGUUCAGACCCGGCGAUAGAGCUCUAGCGGAAACGCUUUUAAGGCGGUCUCUGGAUGUCAAGGAAGCCAUUCUGGGCCCGGAGCAUCUCCAGGUGGCUGAUACGCUUCGUCAGCUCGGUGUGUCUGCUAGAGAGGCAGGUCGGCUGGACGAGGCGGAGGGAUUGCUGAGGCGUUGCCUGACAAUAAGGAGAAAGAAGCUGGGGCAGGAGGAUAUGCAAGUGGCCUGCACGUUGUAUGAACUGGGUGCCUGCGUUCGAAAGUCCGGACGGUGGGGCGAGGCGGAAGGAUUGCUGAGGAGCUGCCUGGCGAUCGAGGAGACCAAGCUGGGACCAGAGGAUGUGCAGGUGGCCACCACACUGCAACAGCUCGGUGUGUGUGCUAGAGAGUCGGGGCAGAUGGAGCAAGCGGAGGAAUUUUUGAGGCGCUGCCUCACCAUCAAGGAAAACAAGCUGGGCCCUGAGGAUGUUGGGGUCGCGUUUGCGCUGCGCGAGCUUGGCAUAUGCGUUCGUGAAGCAGAACGAUUGGGGGAAGCGGAGGUGUUGUUGAGGCGUUGCCUGGCGAUCAGGGAAACCAAGCUGGGCCGAGAAGAUGUAAAGGUAGCCUCUACGCUGUACGAGCUGGGCGUAUGCCUUCGACAGGGAGGUCGGUUGGAAGAGGCGGAGACAUUAUUGAGACGCUCUCUGAGCGUGCGGAAGGCAACGCUGGAGUCAGAGGAUGCCAACACGCUGUAUCAGUUGGGCAUAUGCGUACGAGAGGCGGGGCGGCUAGCAGAGGCGGAGAGAUUGCUGAUCGAGGAGGCCAGGCUUGGGCAAAAUCAUGCCCAGGCGGCCGAUACGCUGCACGAGCUUGGUGGGAGUGUUCGUAAAUUGGGGGGGCUGCGGGACGCGGAGGCGUUGUUGGACGAUUCAGGAAGAUCCACGCUGUGUCAGGGCCAACAACGUCCCAGCUGCCCGUGCGUUACAUGAGCUGGAUCUUGCUAUGAAUAGACAACGCGACUGAAGCGGGGUAGACACCACGGUUAUCUCCGCGUCACGUAUCUCGUGUGCUGCUCAUACGUUUGCGACAUGGGACCAUGAUUUAGCGUUGAAUGCCAAUAUUUGUUCACGUGAACCUGAUUGGAAUCUUGCACGACGGGAUUGCCAGUCGGUUCGGUAGAAUUGUUCGGCUGACCCUCAGGCGGGGAUGUACCGAAAAACUACGAGCU